UUGCGUGGUUAGACCCGAGCCAACCCGAGCGUGCUCGUGGCUAUACAUAUUUGGAGUAUGUAUGGGUAUUUACACCAUGUGCUACACCGGGGAGUAAUUAAUACUGAUUAAUACAAAAAUGGCGCUUGCCCAUCGUAUUAAUGUAAAUAUUUGCCCUUUGUUAAACACAUUUUAUUGUAAAUGUGUAACAAAAACAACGAGAUUUGUAUCACAAUUACCUGGUUCAAAAAUGGGAUCGGCAGUCUUUCCUGGUAAUCAAACGUUCAGUGAGAUGAUUGCAUACAGACGUGAUCAAGCGCACAGGAGCAUUAUAGUAAAAGUGCAGUCGUUUAAUAUUGCUCCUAAGCUUUACCACUUUUGUUCAAGUUAUGGAAGGAUUUUAAAUGCAUUUCCUUACACUACCCUAGAUAAUCAGCGUUUUAUUUUAAUAGAAUUUGCCCAGAGUGAUAAUAUACAAGAACUUAGGAAUUGUACAAAUAAAUCUACAAGCAAUGCUGAAACUGUUUGUACAGUAUCACCAUUGUUUAUAUACACUCGUGCAGCAGGUUCUGAUUAUAAUAAUACGUACUUGUCGAACGAAGUUGCUACCUACCCUAAAUGUUUCCUUACAACACCGUCAAAAAUUACCAACAAGCUGAAACCACUGAAAACUGUGUCAGAACAAAUGGUCUGCCUUUAUGAUGUAUUGAAAAUUUCAGAGUUAGAUGUUAGAUUGAGAUUUUAUACCGCCGAACAACUGACGUAUUAUUUGUCUAGAUUAUUUAUGAAUUUAUAUGUCGUGCCGUUUGGCUCGUCUGUGAAUGGUUUUGGUCAGAAAGGAUGUGAUCUUGAUUUAGUAUGUAGAUCAUUUAAUCUUUCUAAACCUGGACAAAAACCAAAAUCAUUUCAUUUUCUCACACAAACUGUGACCUUUAGUGAUAAACUGAAGCAACGAGAAUUCUUAGAAACAGUGUCUGUAUUGAUGAAAACAUGUAUUCCUGGUAUUAGGAGCAUCAGAAGCAUUCUUGAAGCUCGGGUUCCAAUAAUUAAAUUCACUAACUACAAUACAAACGUACAAUGUGACCUUAGUAGUACCAACACGAUCGCGUUGUGUAUGUCUGAAAUGUUAUAUACUUACGGAGAGUUGGAUAGUCGUGUUAGACCGCUUGUUUGUACUGUUCGUAAAUGGGCGAAAGUUCAACAAAUAACAAGGGAUAAUCCAGGUCAUUGGAUUACAAAUUUCUCUCUUACUCUUUUAGUAAUAUUUUAUUUGCAGAUAAAGAAUAUAUUGCCUCCUUUAAACAAUUUAUUCUCUUAUACAAGUAAAGAGGUAAAACAUGUUGAUACUUCUUGGACGAAAAAAUUUUCAUCCAGCAAUGACGAAAGUCUGGACAAACUUUUGUAUGGAUUCUUUAAGUAUUACAGCGAGUUUGAUUUUAAAGUGCAAGCAAUUUGUGUUCGGGAAGGAAAAAUCAAAGAGAAAAAGGAGAAUUCUCCAAUUUAUAUUUAUAAUCCUUUUGAAAGAUCAUUAAACGUUAGCAAAAAUAUUAAUCAACUUGAAUUAGUACGUCUAUUACAUCAAUUUCAAAGUGCAUUAUAUACAUUUAUAACAACUGACGAAAGUGAAAUUAUUUUGAGCUUACUGAAUUACGUGACAAAUAACUCACCGUCGAAUGUUGAUAGAAAUAUUGUAUUAAAAGAACAAUCUGAAUUAUUGAACGAAGAGCUUUUAAGUACAAAUAAUUCCGAAAAGAUGAAGGAAAUUAUAAAAUAAUAAAAAAUACAGUAUCA